UGUGCUGCUUGUUUUGCGGUGUUGAUGGCACAUUUACGACAAGAAACUCCAGACCCAACAUCGUCCUGCUGAUGGCAGAUGACCUUGGAGUGGGGGAUUUGUGCUGCUAUGGUAACAACUCAGUGAGCACACCUAACGUUGACCGCCUGGCAAGUGAGGGAGUGAUGCUCACCCAGCAUCUUGCAGCUGCUUCCAUGUGCACCCCAAGUCGGGCUGCCUUCCUGACCGGCCGGUACCCCAUCAGAUCAGGGAUGGUGUCUCCCUACAACCUGAAUCGUGCCCUCACGUGGCUCGGUGGAUCAAGUGGUCUUCCUACCAAUGAAACGACUUUUGCCAAGCUGCUACAGCACCGUGGCUACCGCACGGGACUCAUAGGCAAAUGGCACCUGGGCUUGAGCUGCGCCUCUCGGAAUGAUCACUGCUACCACCCGCUCAACCAUGGUUUUCACUACUUUUAUGGGAUGCCUUUCGGACUUUUAAGUGACUGCCAGGCGUCCAGGAAGCCAGAACUGCACCGCUGGCUCAGGAUCAGACUGUGGGUCUCCACGGCACUCGUUGGCCUCGUUCCUUUUCUGCUUCUCAUUCCCAAGUUUGCCCGCUGGUUCUCGGUGCCGUGGAAGGUCAUCUUUUUCUUCGCUCUCCUUGCCUUUCUGUUUUUCACUUCCUGGUAUUCCAGUUAUGGAUUUAUUCGGCGUUGGAAUUGCAUCCUUAUGCGGAACCAUGAAAUUAUCCAGCAGCCGAUGAAAGAGGAGAAAGUAGCUUCCCUCCUGCUGAAGGAAGCGCUUGCUUUCAUUGAAAGGUACAAACGGGAGCCUUUUCUCCUCUUUUUUUCCUUCCUGCAUGUACAUACUCCACUCAUCUCCAAAGAGAAGUUUGUUGGGCACAGUAAAUACGGCAGGUACGGGGAUAAUGUGGAAGAAAUGGAUUGGAUGGUGGGUAAAAUCCUGGAUGCCCUGGACCGGGAGCGCCUGGCCAACCACACAUUGGUGUACUUCACCUCUGACAACGGAGGCCACCUGGAGUCCCUGGACGGGGAUACCCAGCUGGGUGGCUGGAACGGGAUCUACAAAGGUGGCAAAGGAAUGGGAGGAUGGGAAGGAGGUAUUCGUGUGCCGGGGAUAUUCCGGUGGCCGACGGUCUUGGAGGCUGGGAGAGUGAUCAGUGAGCCCACCAGCCUAAUGGACAUCUACCCGACGCUGUCUUAUAUAGGUGGAGGGAUCUUGCCCCAGGACAGAGUGAUUGACGGCCAGAACCUAAUGCCCCUGCUGGAAGGAAGGGCGUCUCAUUCCCACCACGAGUUCCUCUUCCACUACUGCGGGGUCUAUUUGCACACGGUCAGGUGGCAUCAGAAGGACUGUGCAACUGUGUGGAAAGUUCAUUAUGUGACUCCUAAAUUCUACCCUGAAGGAACUGGUGCCUGCUAUGGGAGUGGAAUAUGCUCAUGUUCGGGGGAUGUAACCUACCAUGACCCACCACUCCUCUUUGACAUCUCAAGAGACCCUUCGGAAGCCAUUCCACUGAACCCUGACAACGAGCCAUUAUUUGACUCCGUGAUCAAGAAGAUGGAGGCGGCCAUAAAAGAGCAUCGUGGGACACUAACACCAGCCCCACAGCAGUUCUCUGUGUUCAACACGAUUUGGAAACCAUGGCUGCAGCCAUGCUGUGGGACCUUCCCCUUCUGUGGGUGUGACAAGGAAGAUGACAUCCUUCCCACAGCUCCCUGAGACCAUGGGGACCAUUUGUUACCCACCACAAACUUACUGUUACAAUGGUCAUAGGAGCAGUGCUCAGCUGACUAUAACCCCAGUCAGGUGACUGGGAGUUUUUAUCCGCUUGGGAUAAAAACUGAUGGCCUCACCCAUUGUUUUAUCCUCAGACUUCAGUUCUUUCUUCAAGAGCUCAGUGAAAUGAAAGUGGAUCCAUAUAACAGUGAACCUGGAAGGGAGCAUUUGUUGUAUAAUUUUUUUCUAGUAUAUAAUUGUGCCAUUGCCCAAGGAAAAGAGCAGAUCAAGGUGACUUCAGCAGAUUCUUGUAGAGCUUUUGUUCCUAGAAUUCACGGAAGCAUCAGGUCCAAUGUCCUAAGUUAGAAGCUUCUGCUUGCAGAUCCUAGACCCAGAGAUGCAAGCUUUGUAAUAAAUCAUUAUAAGUACUUAAUUUUAUCGUGAAGCCGAGGGUCACAUAAAACUUGAGGUAGUACUAUUA